AUGAUUCGUAAGCUUCUUUCGAAAUCAUUCUUAUUAAUAUAAAAGUCUUCACGGGUACUUAUGUCCGUCUGUUUGUUUGUUUAUUUCUCCGUCUGUCCGUCCCCACUUCAUUUUUACAACGAAAAAGUGUGACGGAGAAAUUAAGAAACGUGAACUCUCAAACAGCUAUGAGAAACAAACAAGCGGCCUAGCCGCUUCCGAGCGUCAGCUCGGCCCGCGCAGCGGGCCCGGUUCUAAAAGUCUUGUUAAAUUAAUAAUUCAAGUUGUGACUCAAGUUGUGUGCCGCGGCAAAAUCGAUUCUUCACAAGUCACUGUUGCCUACACUGACUCCGAAAGGAUCACAGUAUCAUGAAAAGGUAAAGUAGCAUCCCGAAUUGUUUGAAACAACAUUAUCCUAAGGUUAUCGAUCACUACGAGAACCCCCGAAAUGUUGGAUCCUUAGACAAAAACGAUCCCAACGUUGGAACUGGGAUUGUAGGCGCACCUGCCUGUGGAGAUGUUAUGAAACUGCAGAUAAAGGUUCUCAUUACGCUUGCAGAACAGGACAUUUCAGGCGCCUGCGCCUGUUUUUCAACGCAAAAACGUGCGCCGGCAGCAAAAAAAACAGGCGCCUGUUCUGCAAGUCUAAUUCUCAUCCCAUAUACAAGAAUCACUUGAAAAGUAAUUCUUAGGUUGACGAAAAUGGUAAAAUUGUGGAAGCAAAGUUCAAAACGUUUGGAUGCGGCAGUGCGAUUGCAUCUUCUUCUCUGGCAACGGAGUGGGAAAAACGAUUGACUAUGCUGCAAAAAUUAAAAACGACGAAAUUGCGAAGGAACUGUGUUUGCCACCGGUGAAGCUGCAUUGUUCAAGUAAAAUUGUUUUAAAUUGAAGCUUACGUAAAACACGGUUUUCAGUGCUCGCACAAGAUGCAAUCCAAUCAGCUCUAA